CCCUUCUGUUUUAUCCUCUCUUUUAUAGCUCUUGUUUAUUCUACUUCCCAAAAAAUGCGCAAUUUCUCUUCUUUUCUCUAAAAAUAAAUUCAUUUAUUCUUCUUCUUUAACAAUGGCUUCCCUCCUUCCUGUACCGGAAGUGUCCAUGCCUCUCGUGCUCAAUCUCAGCUCUUCUCCUUCUCUCUGGACCCUUUUCACUGUCAACCGCCCUUUACUUUACAAACAGAGACGCAAAAUUCAAUCCUCAUUUCCUCUAUUAACUACCAUGGCUGUCCACACUCAAGGUGGUCUCUCCAUCUCCAGUCUCAACACCCACGAAUUGGCUCCAAAAAGAGAAAAGAUAGAGCUUGAGACUGAUGCCAUCUCCAUUCUCAACGAAAGGAUACGCCGUGACCACGGCAAGAAAGAGGCCACAAGGCCUGUAAUGGAUUCCCAAGAGGCUGACAAGUACAUUCAGAUGGUGAAAGAGCAGCAGCAAAAGGGAUUGGAGAAGCUCAAAGGGUAUAGGGAGAAUAAGGAAGGAGGUGUCUUUAGCUACAAGGUUGAUCCCUACACGCUACGUUCUGGGGACUAUGUUGUUCACAAGAAAGUGGGUGUUGGUAGAUUUGUUGGGAUUAAGUUUGAUGUUCGUAAGGCUUCUACUGAGCCUAUUGAGUACGUCUUUAUCGAGUAUGCUGAUGGUAUGGCUAAGCUUCCUGUUAAGCAGGCUUCUCGCAUGCUUUAUCGAUAUAAUCUCCCAAAUGAAACAAAAAAGCCUAGGGCUUUGAGCAAGUUAAAUGAUACUAGUGUAUGGGAGAGGAGAAAGACCAAAGGGAAGGUCGCAAUUCAAAAGAUGGUUGUAGAUUUAAUGGAGCUCUAUUUGCAUAGGCUCAAACAAAAAAGAUCUCCCUACCCAACGAGUCCUGCCAUGGCUGAAUUUGCAGCUCAGUUUCUGUAUGAACCCACACCAGAUCAAAAGCAGGCUUUUAUUGAUGUAGAGAAGGACUUAACAGAGAGAGAAACUCCAAUGGAUCGAUUAAUAUGUGGAGAUGUUGGGUUUGGCAAAACAGAAGUUGCAUUGCGUGCUAUCUUUUGUGUGGUGUCAGCAGGGAAGCAAGCUAUGGUUUUGGCGCCCACGAUUGUUUUAGCCAAGCAACAUUUUGAUGUCAUUUCAGAGAGGUUUUCCAAGUAUCCGAGUAUCAAGGUUGGACUUCUGAGUCGGUUUCAGAGUAAAGCAGAAAAGGAGGAGUAUUUGAACAUGAUAAAAAAGGGUAAUUUGGACAUUAUUGUAGGAACUCACUCACUUCUUGGAAGCCGUGUUGUGUAUAAUAAUCUAGGCCUGCUUGUAGUUGAUGAGGAACAGAGGUUUGGUGUCAAGCAAAAGGAGAAGAUUGCUUCUUUUAAAACUUCAGUUGAUGUUCUUACUCUCUCUGCAACACCUAUACCCAGAACGCUUUAUUUAGCUUUGACAGGAUUCCGUGAUGCAAGUUUAAUUUCAACACCACCUCCAGAAAGGGUUCCUAUCAGAACCUGUCUUUCAGCAUUUGGUAAAGAAAAGGUCAUUGUAGCAAUCCAGUAUGAGCUGGACCGUGGUGGUCAAGUUUUCUAUGUCUUACCUCGUAUCAAAGGAUUGGAAGAAGUGAUGGAUUUCCUUGAACAAUCAUUUCCUGAUGUUGAUAUAGCUAUUGCACAUGGGAAGCAAUAUUCCAAGCAGCUUGAGGAAACCAUGGAGAAAUUCGCCCAGGGUGAAAUUAAAAUUCUUAUAUGCACAAAUAUAGUUGAAAGUGGGCUUGACAUUCAAAAUGCAAACACUAUCAUAAUUCAGGAUGUUCAACUAUUUGGCCUGGCACAGUUGUAUCAGUUGCGUGGAAGGGUGGGGCGGGCAGAUAAAGAAGCUUAUGCAUACUUAUUUUACCCUGAUAAGUCCUUGCUAUCUGACCAAGCGAUGGAGAGGCUCGCAGCUCUUGAAGAAUGCCGUGAACUUGGCCAAGGUUUUCAACUUGCAGAGAGAGACAUGGGUAUCAGAGGCUUUGGUACCAUCUUUGGUGAGCAACAGACAGGGGAUGUUGGAAAUGUUGGCAUUGAUCUUUUCUUUGAGAUGCUUUUUGAGAGUUUGUCCAGGGUUGAAGAACACCGUGUAGUUUCAGUUCCUUACCAGUCAGUGCAGAUUGAUAUAAAUAUAAACCCUCGUCUCCCUUCUGAGUACAUAAAUUAUCUAGAGAACCCUAUGGAAACCAUUAUUGAAGCUGAGAAAGCAGCUGAGAAAGAUAUCUGGAGUUUAAUGCAAUUUACAGAGAAUCUUCGCCGUCAAUAUGGAAAAGAGCCUUAUUCCAUGGGAAUUCUUUUGAAGAAGCUUUAUGUAAGGCGAAUGGCAGCAGAUCUUGGGAUCAUCAGAAUCUAUGCUUCAGGAAAGAUGGUUGGCAUGAAAACCAAUAUGAGUAAGGGGGUUUUCAAGCUGAUGACGGAUUCCAUGAUAUCUGAUGUAUACCGAAAUUCUUUGCUUUUUGAGGAAGACCGAAUAAAGGCAGAACUUCUUCUGGAGCUGCCACGAGAGCAAUUGCUAAAUUGGAUCUUUCAAUGCUUGGCAGAACUUCAUGCUUCGCUUCCCGCUCUUAUUAAAUAUUAGAUAUGAUUGUAGAGUGUAGUAUAUUAGACUUGCCGUUAUUUGCUUCCUUUACCAUGAAGAUUAAGAUUGCAAAGUUGCACUAAGGCACUCUAUGAAUUUCUGAGAAGGAAGCCCAUAAUCUCAUGUGCUCCAAUGCGUUUUGGGCCCUUGUAGAAAUCAAAUGUGGAUGCGGGACAAGAAAAGAAACCAACAGCCAUUUGUAUAUGCUUAGGAAUAUAGUCUGUGAUGUGGUAGGAUCUGAUCAGGAAUCAAGAUUGCACUGGUGCACUGUUUUGAGGUUAUAUAAGGUUGCCACUUUAAGCAAGCCAACUUCCUUGUGCUUCUGCUUUUAAUGGAUGUCUUUCUUCUGAUGACGUUACAAUUUAGUUAUACGGGUUCCUUGCCAUAAGCUUAGCAUCGCAAGGAUGUAUGUUUCUGACGUUGAAAAAGAGCAUUUGGGUUGGUAGCUUCAUGUUGCUCAUAACAAUUGCAUUGAAGCUGUAAGUGUUUGAUUGUCAUUGCUGGGUUUAAUUUGGGGCUUGGCUCUGUAUAGAAUGGUCUCCAGUGUCUACGUAUUAUUGAUAUUAAGAAGCAGGAAGUGGUGAGUCUGUGUAUACUUUGGUGCAGAGAUUGCAUUGCAUUUUUUUUGAAGAUGAACAUUUACAAAUGUAAUUAUCCGCAGCAAACCCAUAAUAAUGAAAAAAAAAAAAAUGAAAAAGAAAAGAAUGAAAAAAGAACAGUGAUUAUGCUGCCAAUAUUAUAAUUAUUAUUCUUCUGUGCAGCUUUCCCUAAACUCUUAAUGUACUUUUUUCUUCUAUUUUCUAGUUAAUUCUGGUUUUAACCAAGAAUAUAGAAUGAAAAAAGAAUAACAGGAAUGUAAUUAGGCAUGGAGUAUGAUGUACACAAUUAAGAAGGCUAAUGCUCACAUGAGGGUCGGCAAUUGGCAGGCAAGCAGCAAUGGGGCUAGAAGGCAAUAGCCGAGCAAGAAGCAGAGCCUCUGACUGGUUGGUGCAACUGCAACUGGACCUGUGGGCUGUAGGUAGUUAGUACUUGAUAGUUUUACCCUACUGCAUAUGAUACAUCGAAGUUUUUCCGUAUAAAUGAGUACAAUUCAAGUGAAUAUAUUAGCUUAGAAAUAGAAAUUGGAAGAGUAAUAAAAGUUAAAAUUUCACUCAAGUCCUUGAUUAACAUCGAAUCCAUUAAUUUCGGAAUUGAACAUCAAGGAGCUGGGUGGAAUUUAUAUACCUAAGUGCAGUUUAUUUAUUUAUAGGCCAAAUGGUCUUUUAAAAGAUUAGCACUUUAUUAGCAUUGAGCCGAUAGUUUAAGCCAAGCUAUCAUGCGGGCUUAGACAGAAAAUUAUCAUUUGUAUAUCCUAAGUCAAUCUUUUUCAAAUUCGGUGCUUGGUACUUGUGCUGAAAUUCAAUAACUUCCUAAGAAUUUAAGAGAGUUACGAAGGAAAGAUGUUAAAGUAAGAGUAUUUUAUUUAUUUGAUGGAUAUGUACAAUUACUCUUGGAACACAGUCUUUAUGUGUUCUCUACAAUAGCCCUAAAGGCCUCAGUUUUUAAUGCUCUAUCUAACUUGUGACUUAUCACUUCUUGCUUAACGGGGAGAGCUCCCCUAUUUAUG